UGUUUUGAUUUUUUUGUUGUUUCUUUUUUUCUGUUCCCUUUUAAGAAACAAUCAAAUUAACUUAAUUUUAUUAAUCCAGUGAUUAAAUUAGUAAGUUUGAAUCGUUAAUAAGCUUGGGAAGUGUUUAAACUUGGAGACAAUUAGUUUUUACGUUUAUUGUCUUUGGAAUAACAAUUAGCCGGUUAACCGAAAAUUCUGGUUUACUGAGGGUAAUUUCAUUCCACUGCCGAUUAUACAAGUUGCAUUUUUGUGUCAACAUUUGAUUCCAGAGAGAAGACUUAAUUAUCGAUGGCUAAUGUUUCCUAUUUAGUCGCCACCAUUGGAGCGAUUUUUGCUAUUAUUCAUUCAUCUCUUCAUAAGAUUGAGGAAGGUCAUGUUGGUGUUUAUUACCGUGGAGGUGCUUUACUCAAGGAAACAUCUAAUCCUGGUUAUCACAUGAUGAUCCCUUUUAUUACCUCAUUUCGUUCAAUUCAAGUAACUCUUCAAACGGAUGAAGUGAAAAAUGUACCUUGUGGUACAAGUGGAGGUGUUAUGAUCUAUUUUGAUCGGAUUGAAGUUGUCAACCUAUUGAGAGCUGAUGCUGUUUAUGAUGUUGUUAAAAAUUAUACUGCCGAUUAUGAUAAGGCUUUAAUUUUUAACAAAGUUCAUCAUGAAUUGAAUCAAUUUUGUAGUAUUCACAGUUUACAAGAGGUUUAUAUUGAUCUAUUUGAUCAGAUUGAUGAAAAUUUGAAGACAGCGUUACAGGUUGACCUUAAUAAUAUGGCUCCUGGUUUAUAUAUUCUUGCAGUUCGAGUAACCAAACCGAAAAUACCUGAAACAAUUAGGCAAAAUUAUGAGAAAAUGGAAGGAGAAAAGACUAAACUUUUAAUUGCUCAUCAAAGACAAAAGGUUGUUGAAAAAGAUGCUGAAACUGAGCGGAAAAAAGCUCUUAUUGAAGCUGAAAAGGUCGCCAGUGUUUCCAAGAUUCAAUAUGAACAAAAGGUGAUGGAAAAGGAAUCAUUGAAAAAAAUGGCCACCAUUGAGGAUGAAAUGUACAUUUCUAGGCAAAAAAUGAGAGCCGAUGCUGAAUUUUACGCUAUCGAGAAAAAGGCCAAAGCCAACGAGUUAUUAUUCACACCUCAAUACAUGCAGAUCAAAAAGUACGAAUCAAUCGCUGCGAAUACAAAGAUUUACUUUGGUAACAGUUUACCUCGGAUGUUUGUGGACAAUUCCAGUGGAGAUAGAAUUAAAUCCGAUGAAUAUAUUAAAGCCGCAAAUGAAUUUAACGAUAACGAACCAGCCGAAUCUUAGUGUUAAUUAAUUCUCGUUGCUAGUGGUUUAAAUUAAUUCACAAUUUUCUACUCCAAUUUUUUUUCCUCUCUCUUGCUCAUUUACUACUAUUUCUAUCUCAUUUUACCACCGCCACCACCACCGACACCACGGCCACCACAUUUCCACCUUCUUUCCGUUAACAAUUUGUUUCUAUCAAUCAAAUUGAUCUCCAUCUCUUCUGGGACACUUAUCGCUGAUUAACAAUCAAAGUGCCUCAACAAUUAUGAGCUGACAAUUUGUUGUGAUUAUAAGGAGAUCUCAAGGGAAGACCAUAAAAUUAAUAUAAAUCAUUUCCUUACAAUUGGUCUUAAUCUCAAUUAACUUUCUACAUACAAUUGAAGAUUUAACUUGCAAUCAAUUUGAUGAGAUUAGCAAAACCAAAUUAACAAUAUUGUCAUGAUGAUGAUUAUCAUCUUCAAUUUGGAUAAUUUAUAAGACCCAAUGUCGAUAAAAUCACUCAACUUUAAUUUUUUUUUCCUUUUUCAAUUUUGAUAAAAUUCAAUCAAAAUUUGAUAAACUGAUUUAAUUUAAAGAAUUGAGUUCAAUCCUGUUUAUUAUUAUUGCGAGAAAUUAUCUCAAAAGGUUUCAAUUCAAUUGAACCAGACUGAAAAUCUAAAUCGCGAUCAAUGAAUAAAAUCAUAAGAAUCAAUUUGAA